AUGAAUUCAGACACUAUAGUCAGGUCUAGAGAUCCUCUAAUGCUAAAAACUCAACUUGAUACUGCCUUGGGUGACAACAAGGUGCAAUAUUGGAAAGCAGUUCAAAGUUUCAUAAAAGGAGAAUUAAAUAGGAUGGAGCUGGAUUUUUUGGCGAACUUGUUUUUGCCUAGAGAGCAUGGCAAUCGAAAUUCUAACGAAAAAGGCUUGAUGCAUUGUUCAAAAAGUGUCUCAGAGGAAUCAAUAAGCCAAAGAGAAUUUCCUGAUUAUGAAAAUGUCUAUAUGCGCAUGACUGAAAUUGCACUCAAUCAUGGAUUAUUUGGUGGUGUGCAGGAAGAUUGCGCGUCUUUAAUGGUUUUUGCAUUAGAGUUUUAUGUGAAAAAUAUUUUACAUAAUUGCAUUAAUCAGAUUCGAGAUGAUUAUGAUGAAAAUCACGAUAUUCCAUCAAUUACGUUAAGAGAUCUUGCAUUUUCUUUAAGCAUUUCACCUUUGACCGUGUCUCCAUUAAUUGAGGAAAAGAUCAAUGCAAGAUUAAGACAUGAUGAAAUGAAUUUCGAUAAUGAAAUUUAA